GUUAUCUGACCACAUAGGCUCCCUGCUCCUUCUCUCUAAGCAGUUGUAGCUGGGCAGGGACUCAUGGCCGCCUUUCCUUCCCUGAAAGGGCCAGAGCUGGUCCUGCUGCCAUCCCUUCGCUGGGAUGAGAGACAGAGGCUGAGAGACACUCAGAGAAGCAGAGAAAAGGAUAGAAAGUGAGAGACAGAGAGGAGGACUCUGGCAGAGGCAGGGACUUGAGGUGAGGGAGAAGAGGCCCCAGCAAACCAAUGUCAGGACCACGCCCUUCAGUGUGAAAAUGGAGGCUGGGACCCUAUAUCACCGUUCUCUUUGCACUGGCCAAAAGGGAGGUCCUUUUGCAAUAUAAGAAAAGAAGAAGCCAGAUUGAUAAAGGAAGUGCUGGUCACUCUGGGGCUGCAGAAUUGGGGAAGGUUCCCACCCUUCCUCCGCCUUCUGAAGGAGCCUGAUGGUUCCUCUCCUGCAGCACAGACUUCCCUGAGGUGGUGCCUCCUAGGGCCUCCCCUCUGGCCUUGAGGUCUGUGCUUGUCUUCUCAUCUCCCUGGAGGAGAGCAAGGUGAUGAGUCUGCCCCUGCUGCUGCCCCUGCUGCUGCUGCCGGCGUUUCUGCAGAAUGGCAGCUCGAUAAAGUGCAAUUCAGACGCUCGGUAUGAGGUCAACCAACCAAAGCGGCUCUCAGCCCCCAAGGGUGGCUCCAUCCACAUCCCCUUCUCCUUCUGUCACCCCUGGGAGUCAGCCAGUGUUCUCAGUGUGCGUAUAACCUGGAGAUGGAAAGAUUUCCAUGGGGCGUUCAUCUACAACAUGACCCCGCAUUUCAUCCAUACGGAUUUCCAGAACCGGCUCUUCCUGAAUUGGACAGAGAGCUGGGAGAACGGCUACCUCCAGAUCUCUAACCUGCGGAAGGAAGACGAGAGUCUGUACUUCUGCCGAGUCUAUUUGACCCUCAAGAAACAUGAGGAGGUGGUGUGGCAGUCCAUGCCUGGGACCAGACUCACCAUCACCCGAGCCCCCAAGAAAACCACCCAAGUCCCCAGCACCACCGCUGCCGCCACCACAGAUGGCCUCAGUGUCUCAGGGGGCAAAAAGUGCUCAGGGUCUUGGUCCCUGAGUAUGGAAGCUGUGAUUGGCAUAGCAUUGUUCACCGCUGUGCUCAAAAUUGUAAUUUUGGGAGUGAUGGUCUACCUCAGGUGGAAGAGAAGCAAAGCCAGAAGUUGUGGAUGUUGCCCAGAGGCUCACAGGGAUGUUCAAGAGAGGACUCAACCAAGAUGAGCAGUGAUGUGGUUUCUUGUCUCUAUGGAAGAAAGAAUUUAACAGCAAGACAGAUGCAGGAAAGCACAAGGAGUUAACACUUGAGAAGGAAGUGCAGGUGAACUCAGAAAUUGAGUCACCCCAAGGAAGUCCUGAUCAGCGAUUUUUAUCGCUCCCAGGGGCAGGACUUGGUGACAUCCCAUUGUUUUCUGCUACCCCUGGGUAGGACCCUUUGUUUCCUGCUAUUUCUUCCUUAUUUGGUGCCUUUGGAUCUGUCAUGGCAUCAGAUGCAUGAUGGGAGUCUCAGUAUCCACAAUAUAAAUGACAUUAAAAUUAGAUAAAGGUCAGUUCCUGGUCAGGGACACUGGCCAUGAUAAUAAAACUUGUUCCUGUUUUUCUCUAGCUGCAGGUGCCGGGUACUGUUUCUUGUGAAACUGAAACAAACUAGGGAGGUGCCUCACAUUGUAUUCUGGAAGGGGUGGGUUCGUUUCCUAGGCUACUUAUCCUUCCUCAUGGGGACUUCUCUUCCCCGGCAAUGGAACCCUGGGCUGGGGAGUCUGGUGUGGGGUUGGGUCCCCUCACUCCUCAGAGGGUACCUCCACAGCCAAGAUAUCCUUUCCAAUUUUCAACUGCCAUGCAUGUAUGGACCAGCCCAUUCUACAUAUCGACCCCUCCUACCAGUCUUGAUGUGACUUCUUCUGUAUAU